AUGGGAAAAAAGAACCGCAGUGAUGAUAAGGCUGGUGAAUUGAAAAUAUGUGCAAUGUCGACUGAAUUGAGUGAUGAAUUGAAACGAUUUCGAUUCAGCAAGAAGCGUUCAACGAAUGCAUUGAUAUUGAAAAUAGAUUCAGUGAAGCAGCUUAUCGCGUUGGAUAAGAAACUUGAAGACUGUACUCCAGAGGAGAUUAGGAAUGAACUACCAUCUCAGCAACCACGAUAUGUUGUAAUUAGCUAUGAGCACACUCAUGAUGAUGGUCGCCUAUCAUAUCCAUUAUAUCUUGUUCUUUACAGUCCCUCAGGUUGUAAUCCCCGGUUGCAAAUGAUGUAUGCUGGUAGCAGAAAUAGCCUUGCCAAGGAGUGUGGACUUAAUAAAAACUUCGAAAUUCGAGAAGCAGAUGAAUUAACAAAAGAGUUGCUGGAAUCGAGAAUGUAA